AUCCACUUGUCUUCGCUCCUUCACACACACACACACACUCCCCUGUUGUCUCCUCUGCAGUCCGCUUGCUCUGUUUUCACUCUCGUCAGAGUCAGAGAGCAUGGAAGCUGGCCCAAAGUCUCCUUCGCCGGUAACUUCCAUCUCCGAUGAAAUGGCCGGAAACUUCCCGGAGCUCAUCGACCAACUCUCGCCGGACAUGCCCAUCGAAGAAGAGUUGAUAGAGGAGGUCAUGCAAGAGCUCUACAAGGAGAUAACGCCAACUCCGGCGACGAACACUACCAAGCCGUCGUCACCGGCGGCAAGUUUUCCGACGCCGUCUCUGGUGGUCGGGAACGGGAAGAGCGAGAGCUGCGGGGCUUCGGUUUCGGACUCGGCGUCGACGGUGAUGGCCGGCAUCAAGUUCGUGGGUCCCACCGGGAAUAAUGGGGGGUUUUCGCCUGAGAAUGGGGUUGGGGCGUGGAGUGAAUGCGGUGGUAAUACUAAUAAUGGGUUGGUGGUUGGGAAGGGAGUGAUGGACGGCUGCGAUGCAGGGGAGGCUGUUGAUGAUGAAUGGUUUGAGAGAGUGAUGAAUACGUGGGGCCCAGUGGAUCUUGAUCCAUGGUUCUGAUGAUCAAUGAUGUCUGAUUUUGUUGUAGGUGUCCGUACAUAUGAUCAAAUAGUUAAAAAGAGGAAGAAAGAAGAGGAGGUGCUUUAGGUGUAGGGAGGAAGAAGCUUCAAGACUCCUGUUUUUCAUGGGUGAUAUGAAUAUUGUGGGUGAAAUUAUGAAUCUGAUGUCUAAACCCCAACUUUAAUUUUUUUUUCUUUUUCUUUUUCUUUUCCUCUCUUGCUGGUCUUGGUAUCAUCCUCUUCUUCUAGUGUUCAUGAAAUGAGCAGCCAAAAGAAAAUUAAUCAUCAUUUUAAUCACACCCUCCACUGCUUUAAUUUU